AUGACCCGUGCCGCGAAUCGGGCUUGUCUGGUUGCUUUUGCGGCAAUGAUCACCCAGAUCCACCGCCAUGAGCAAGCUUUCGCCGGCGCUGAUCCGGAUGCUUAUUUGCAAGCAGCGCUAACACUUCUUCCUGAAAUGAUACUGGAGCCCCCUGACAUAAGGACUUUGGAAGCGGUGACAAUAUUAAUGCUGUAUAUCACCCCUCUUGGUAGACCCCAGGUAGGGGAACUACUUCUUGGGAUCGCAGUGCAGCUCAUAUAUAACCUUGGGGCAAACAAAAUACAAACCCCCAAUGAGAUACACAGAACAGACCAGCGUAGCCAACAUCUCCGAGCGUUGUUCUGGCAUUGCUAUGCCAUCGACAAAGAAUUCUCUAUCCGAAAAUCCCAACCACCCUUGAUAAACGACGCCGAUUGCGAUCUGGAUCUACCUACGACAUACGCCCAGGAAACCUCGGAACGUCACUUCUACAUGAAGCCCUUGUCAUCCAAGGAGCUUCUUUUCCCCUCAGACCUCCGCUUCUCUUUGCUCAAGUCCAAGAUCUUCCGGUUACUUUAUUCAGCGGACAGUCAGGCACUACCGGAAGCUAGACGCCUUCAACAUAUCCGGGAACUAGACCAAGAACUGAGCGACUUGAAGCUUGGGUAUCCCGCCGACUGCCGGCCGGAGGUGUUCGCCACCGAGAGCGCACCGGACUAUCUUUUCCAUGAUCUCAGUAUCCGUGGUGUGAAUAUCCAUUUGGAAUAUUACUACUGCCUUGGAAAAAUCCACGGAGCGAAUGGCUCUUGCAAGAUAGUUUCUCCACAUAGCUGGUCGCCUCUCCCAUCUAGUGCAGAGCUGUGUUUUGAAGCUGCGAGGUGUUCGCUGAUCUAUAUUUGGCGAGUCCGCCAAUUCGUCAACCAGCAUACAUUCUGGCUUCACGCGCAGUUUCUCCUCACGGCCGUUCUCUCAGUCUUUUGGUAUCUCAUCACAGUUCCAACUUCAUCUACUUUCACAAGGGAUCUCAAGAGCUUGGAGGAUAUUGCUGAACUCUUGGCUCACCUCGACAAAUCGUCGGAUGACGGGGGGACUUACCCGCCGUUUUAUCUGGCCCAGGCUUUUGUCGAGAAGCUGAUCUCACUGGCGCGGCAUUCGCGGCCUAAGGUUGUGGGCACAUGA